UUUGUCAUUCACUUCCAGCAUUGAUGAGGUAAAGAUAGAACAAGGAGCAAGGUAAGAAGACGAGAAAAGAACAGGGCAACUGGUAUAAGGAGCAAGAACAGAAGAGCAUAUUUACAUGUCAAGAAGAAUGGCCUUACGAGAGAUUACCCCUCCACAACAAACUGCUGCAACUGGUCAAAGUUCACAAGUCGUAUACGAAAAAUCCAACCUUUUGGAAAGAAUCCCACCUGCUACGCAGGAGCCGGAAGGCGAGCGUCUACAUAACACGAAGUCGCUAAUUCAUGUAGUGUUUGAUAUUGAAACAACAAAUGAAUAUAUGUACGAAACAGACAUCAUCCAACUGUCUGCUGCUUGCGGAGAGAACGAAUUUAAUAGCUAUAUUAUUCCUCAGAGACCGAUAAGAUUCCGCCCGGAAGGACGCCAUUUUUCAAUGAGCGAAGGAAAACUUUGUUUCGACGGGAAGCCAGUCAAUGCUGAGAGUUCAGCCAAAGAAGCUCUUCAGAAGUUUGUACGCUGGCUACAAAAGUUAAAUAACAGGCUCGUUCUUGUUGCUCAUAAUGGCAAGAUAUUUGAUUGCCCUCGUCUUAUAUUGCAUUUACAGGAACAUGAUUUAUUAGAAGAUUUUAAAGCCAAUGUCGUUGGCUUCAUCGACACUCUCAUUCUGUUUAAGAACCAUUUCUCUAUGGAUAACAAACCAUCUCUUAAAAGCUUGGUGGAAAAAAAGAUUCCUCAGUACGAAUAUGAAAGGGAUCAUGACGCACUUGAAGAUGUCAGAGCUCUUAAGGAAUUGCUUGAUAAAACAAGCACAAAUAUCGAAGAUAAUCAGUUCAAGGAUGCAAGCUUUAGCCUUGCAUAUGCAAUUGCAUAUGUUGAGUAUGCGCGGGAAAGGAGUGAAAAUAUGAAAACCUUGAAUCCACUUUGUAUUUCAGAAAAUAUGAAGAAAAAGAUCGCAGGGUCUGGAUUGCGGUAUUGCGAUUUGGAGCAUGCAUACCAAUGGGAAGGUCAAAAUGGUAUUGAGAAAGUCCUUUCUCAAAUGAUCAAUGGUAAGCCCCGAGUAACGAAAAGGUUACAAAUAAUUUCGAUGGUUCACAGUCAUUUUAAAGGUCUUGAGGCAUUGUAAACAAAGUUAAUUAAUAUGUACACAAAAAGAUAUAACAAAUUAAAGUUCAUUUUCGUAGUAAGAGUUUUCGAGCCAAUUGAAAUCAAAAAUCUAAGAUACGUUUACAAGUAGUAGUUUUAAAAACAAACUAGGAGUACAACUUAGGAGACUGAGUUAAUUAUAAUGCGCAUUAAAAUAUAUGCUUAAUAACACUAAAAAAUUAAAGGUGAUUUUUAUUGUAAAAGAGUUUUGAGCCCUGAAUUGGUGUCAAAAAUCUAAGAUGCGCUUACAUGUAAAAAUAAAACGACUAGAAGUACAACUUAGGAGACUGAGUACAUGUAUAAAAGCUUCUUGUCUUGCAUCAUUUCUUUGUAUAGACACUCAAUAAAUGUUUUUACUGUUAA